GCGGCGAAAGAAUGCAAGAGGCGGGCGGGGAGAUGGGGACCGGCAACAAGGAAAAUUGUUCUCCUGAGCCACACAGAAACGUAUUGAAAACCCCUUUGAAACAAGCAGCUACCUCAGCUUCGGUUUUGACAGAGAUCCAGCCCGACUGUCACCCGCUGACCACUCCCCCAAAACCCAAAGAGAUCCUUCCUGCAGAUCCAUGGACGCCAACUUCGAACCUCAAAAUGCUGAUUAGCGCAGCUAGUCCUGAGAUUAGGAGCAGAGAACAGAGAAAGGAACUGUCAAACAACACAAGUGAGGUCCUACAGGCGAAACACUGUUUGCAGGAGCACUUAUGGGGAGAUGAAUAUGAAAAGUCUCAACCAAGUCGCAAAGAGAAAAGCCUGGGAUUACUGUGCCAUAAAUUUUUAGCUCGAUACCCUGAUUACCCCAGCACUGCAGAGCAUAAUUUCAUCUGCCUUGAUGAAGUAGCUGAAGAACUUAGUGUGGAACGCAGACGCAUCUAUGAUAUUGUGAACGUGCUAGAGAGCCUACACAUGGUGAGCCGCCUGGCCAGAAACAGAUACGUGUGGCACGGGCGACAUCAUCUCUCCAAAACCCUGCAGGCUUUGAAAAAAGUUGGAGAAGAGAACAAAUACACACAACAACUUCAAAUGAUCAAGAAAAGAGAGUAUGAGCAUGAAUUUGAUCUCGAUGGGGAGAGAAAUGAAGAAACGGGAAGAUCUUUUGGCUCAAACGAGCAUUCAGAAAUGUCUUUUGUUGAGCUCCCAGGAAUGGAAUUUCGUGCUGCAUCAGUAAACAGCAGGAAAGACAAGUCUCUGCGAGUGAUGAGUCAGAAAUUCGUGAUGCUGUUUCUUGUAUCUACUCCUCAAAUCGUAAGCCUUGAAGGUGCUGCUAAAAUCUUGAUUGGAGAAGACCAGUUGGAAGACUUAGAUAAAAGCAAGUUUAAAACCAAAAUUAGGAGACUUUAUGACAUAGCAAAUGUUCUCAGUAGCCUUCAGCUUAUCAAGAAAGUUCACGUUACAGAGGAGAGAGGUAGAAAACCAGCAUUCAAGUGGAUAGGACCUGAGGUCUGCCUUCAGGAUACAGAACUUGAAACAACUUCUACAACCUGUCCCCCACCUAUUUCAGAAUCCAUCCCUUCCAAAGAGCAGUGUUCAAAAAACCUCUUUCCUUCAAGAGGAAAGCAAAGCUUCACCCGGCAUCCCUCUCUAAUAAAGUUAGUUAAAAGUAUAGAAAACGACAGAAGAAAGAUCCAAUCUGCUCCAACCAGUCCAGUUAAAAUCAGUGCAAGUACUGAUGGAAAUUUAUCAGCUUUCCCAGGUCCAAUAGCUCAGGUUCCAACAAUUGCCAAACACCAGCUGGAAGGACAAUCAAAGAAAGGAAAAGAGAUGAAAACGAAAUUGUCAGCACCUGCUCUGGAUUGUAACGUGUCCUCGCCCGAGGCCGUCCCCAAGCCCAAAGCUCCUGGCGCUGCAGCCCCCUCUCAGCAGACACCCCUCACUCAGGCUGGCUGUCCUCCAAGCCAGGGCUCAGCCUCACCACUCGUACUACCUCAUACUCAUUCUGGGGUGUCAUAUGCAAUAUACCUGCAUCCUUCCCAGGCCCACACUGUGACAACAUACAGCCCAAGUUUCAUGUUGCAGCCUCUGCCGUGUGCUAAUGUAACUGGAAUUGAAAGCAUUAAAUCAAAGGUAUUAAAUCAAGUAACCACUGAGGAAGGGGACAAUCAAAUGGUGACAGACGAUCCAACAAAGGCUUUGACAGCUGAGGAAAGACCGACUCUGAAACCAGAAACUUCAUCACAGAGAUGCCUUAAAAGAUCACAAGCAUUACAAGAGAACAAUGUAAUUAAAAGGCGUAGAAGUGAUGAAGAAAGCCUUGAUACUGCUCUGGGAGAGUCCAUUAAGAAGAAAAGAUCACCUUCCAAUAGCUCAGAAAUGAAUCACAAAAUGGACAGCUUCAAGGGAGAGACACAGAACAAAACAGAAACAUUAGAUCACAAUGUGGCAAGUUGCAACAACCAAUGCAAAAGAGAAGAUAUUCCACGGGAUGAGGACAAAAUCCAAACUAAACCAGACAUACCUGUGGCAUUUGCCAUUCCUGCUCACGAGACAUUUUUUCCCUCAGGUUAUCUUAUUCCCUUUACUCAGUGCACCCAUGGCAACAAGGCAGGCUUUUCUAAUCAAGAGAAAGCUGGGCUGUGUUCAUUGCAGCAGCCAACCUACAGCCCCCCCAUUGCUGGUGUCAUUCCAGUGACAGCUUCUGACCUGAAAGCAGUUAACAUCCCUGCUUUCCACAUCACACCCUUGAAUAUAAUGCUGUCACCCACUUCUGUAGCUGCUGCACCUGUACUGAGCAACUCCUGUCUCAAUUCAGUCAACACCAGUUCUACCCCAAAUCCAAGCUCUUCAGUUCUGAACUUUACGCUCCAACACAUAGGAUUAAUCCCUGCUGGUGUGCACGUUCCUGCAAACCCUGUUCUUCAGCACAUGCCAGUCUCUUCACAACCAGAAAAUGUCAGUGAUAGCUCAGCUAACAGGAACAUGCAAGAAGAGGCACCCUGUGUUCCAAAGGAACCCCAAGAGCCGCAGACAGCUACAGAAAGCUUCUUCCGCACACCAGGAGGGCCAAACACAGGGUCUUCCUCGUCUGCAAAACCAGGUGCUACCGAGACAAUCUCUCAAGGAACUCCCUAUAUUCCUCAACGAAAACUUGAAGUGUCAGAAGACUAA